AUGCCUUUCCUCAUUGAGGAUCGGUUAGCUCACCUGGAUACUGCUGUACGUCGUAUGCUUCCCGGUAUUAACUGCUUCCUGUCGGCUGUAGACGUUGUUAUGGCUGAGGUCGACCAUGCCAACUCUGAUGAUCAGGCUUACAUCCAACCUGACCAUUUCAAUGGGACAUAUAACAUCACUGGCAGUAAGUUGGGUAUGGACUUCUACAACUUCCACAGGUUGCUCAAAACGAUACCAGGAUAUGGGAUAACACCAGUAAUUGGACCUGAUAUGGCGUCUGUAACGGGGUCAAGAACACCGUUUUUUGCUGAUUUCUUCACAGGAGGCGGGGACAAAGCCGUAGACAGGAUAACCUUCCACCAGUGGCUGGACAAGCUUGGUAUUGCUGCUAGGAUGGGGCUGAAAGCAGUGCUGAGACAGGAUUUCUACGCUGGAAGCUAUGCACUGAUUGACACUGAUACAUUUGAGCCAUUACCUGACUACUGGUUAACUGUCCUGUACAAGAGUUUGGUGGGAGACGCCGUGUUUUCUGUGGAGGCGAGCGUGGACAACACCACCAUCAGAGCCUACGCCCACUGCACAAAGCCAUCCAAUUCCUAUGGCUACGUGCCCGGCAGUGUGACGAUGUACUUCCUGCUGCCCACGGAUAACACUACCUCCAUUUCGUUUCCACAAUUUCCCGGCCAACCUGUAGAUGUGUUCUGGCUGACGCCAGUCGGUAGACUCACCAGCAAAACCGUGGCCUUGAACAACAACCCGAUAAAGCUUGUCAAUAAUACGCUGCCGGAGCUUAAACCUUACAGGAUGGAAAGAAGCACUGUUACCUUCCCCGGGAAGUCAUUCGGGUUCCUCGUCUUCCCUGAGGCUGACGUGGCUGCCUGCAGCAGUCACUCUCACAAAGUUCGAACCCUGGCUAGAGGUUUGUCGCCAUGCUAUCUGAGGAUUGGAGGCACUACUGGGGACACCCUGACCUUUCUCCCUACAGGUCAUGGCACAGUAGACAGCAGCCGUGCAUUAACAGGAGCUACCUGGGAUGCUGCCAAUAGAUUUGUCCAGGAUGUCAACUGGAAGUUAAUAUUUGGCCUGAACGUACUGAAGAGGAAGGAUGGUCACUGGGAUCCUUACAACUCAAAAAGAUUGCUGGAAUACACCAAAGCAAAGGGUUACCACCUGGCAGGCCUUGAACUCGGAAAUGAACCUGACAUAUUCCUUGGGCAGCAUAACACCACGGUGAGUGCCAGUCAGUUGGGACGGGACUACUACAACUUCAAGAAGCUGCUCCAAUCGACGCCCGGGUAUGAGACAACACAAAUAAUUGGACCUGACAUGACCUCUGUAACUCGAUCAGGAAAAUACUUGACUGAUUUCCUCAGAGCAGGAGGAGACAAGGCCGUGGACAGAAUAACCUUUCACCAUUACUACACCAAUGGCCAUACUGCACACCUCUCUGAUUUCACCAGUACCAAGUUGAUGGACACACUGGUCAGUUACAUACAUGCAGGGAUAGAUGUGUCAAAACACACAAACCCACAUACCCCACUCUGGCUGGGAGAGACGUCCUCCUGUCAUCAUGGCGGUGCUUCGGGGAUGUCCGACAGAUACGUCGCUGGGUUUCUGUGGCUGGACAAGCUUGGUAUUGCUGCCCGGAUGGGGUUGAAAGGAGUUCUCAGACAGGAUUUCUACGCCGGAACCUAUGGACUGAUUGACCAUCGUACCUUUGAUCCAUUGCCUGACUACUGGUUAACUGUCCUCUACAAGAGACUGGUGGAAGGCGCCGUGCUUUCAGUAAACACGAACGUGGGCAACAGCACCAUCAGAGCCUACGCCCACUGCACAAAGCGAUCAACUUCCUAUGGCUACGUACCCGGCAGUGUGACGAUGUACUUCCUGCUGCCCACGGAUACCACUGCCUCCAUUAACUUUCCACAAUUUCCCGGCCAACACGUAGACGUGUUCUGGCUGACGCCAGUCGAUGGACUCACUAGCAAGAAAGUGAGUCUCAAUGGAAAGCUACUAACGUUAGUCAACGGCCAACUGCCUCAUCUAUCACCGAAGACUGUCACAACUGGAUCAGUGACUGUCCCUGGAAAGUCAUUCGGGUUCAUUGUAAUACCCCACGCUAAUGCUGCAGCAUGUAAAUCACACACUCACGUGCCCAUAAUUGGCUAGCUGUGGAAAUGUAACUGGUCUUACAAUAAAUAUUUUACCAUAUA